AUGGUAGAUAUCAGAGACUUCUUUGGCAAUGCUAAACAAAGCACUGCCACUCAAUCAAAACUAAAGCGGAAGGUUUCUGAUGCGGAGAAGAUAGUGUCGAAAAAACCAAAGACUCCGACAGAAGAUGAGAAUGUGCGGUCAAAAGCAAAUCAGAGCCCCUUUUUCUCUUCAAAUGGCGACAGCCAAGCAGCAAAUAACAAAGGUGAUGCGAUCAAUUUGGACUCUGAUGAUGAUGAUCUGUAUAUUUCCAUCCUUGACGAAGACUCACCUGAGAAACCGAAGAGUCCAAUUUCACAAAGAAAGAGAAAAAAUUCCCCAACUGAAGAAUUUCCUAAAAAACCAAAGUCUCCAGUAAAGAAGAAAGCAUCAUCUACCCCGAAAUCUAAACCUGUUGUCAACGUUGAAUCUAUGGACAGUCCCAAACCAGAACCUAAGAUCAAUAAUGCUGAUGCCCAAGGAGUCGAAGCUCCCAAAUUAGCAGAAAAAUCUACUAACCAAUUCAAUGGUCUUUCUGCUGAAGCAAUUCUUGAAACUAUCCCAGAUGCAGAGUUACCAGAAGAGCAAGAUACCGCAAAGCUGAAUUUAAGAGACUUCAAAAAGAAACAAACAGAGCUUCCUCAAUCGUCCACUCCCCUUGAAGAUUUACCACAGGGUAGACCUAAUUGUUUGAUCGGAUUGACCAUGGUAUUUACAGGUGUGAUGCCCACUAUAGAUCGUACUCAAGCUGAAGAAUUAGCUAAGAGAUACGGUGCGAAGGUGACCAAAUCUGUCAGCAAGAAAACGUCAGUGGUAGUCUUAGGGUCUGAAGCCGGUCCUUCGAAAGUGAAAAAAAUUAAGGAUUUCAAAAUCAAAGCCAUAGAUGAAGAUGGAUUCAUCACUUUAAUCAAAUCUAUGCCUGCUGAUGGUGGUUCUGGUGAAGCAGCAGCCAAAGCCCUAGAAAAGAAGAAACAAGAAGAAGAAUUAUCAAUCAAGCAGGCUGAGAAAGAAGAAGCCGAGUCACAAAAAAAUCCUAGUGCCCAGGAGGCCACCAAUUCAGCUUUAUGGACAGUAAAAUAUGCACCAGCAAACUUGAAUCAAGUUUGCGGUAACAAAACGAACAUAAAGAAGCUGACCAAUUGGCUGUCAAACUGGUUUGAAAAUAAACGAUCUGGUUUUAAGCAUCCCGGUCCAGAUGGGACCGGAGUAUUUAGAGCAUGCCUUAUCAGUGGACCACCAGGAAUUGGAAAAACUACCGCAGCACACCUAGUGGCCAAAUCGUUAGGAUUUGACAUUAUUGAAAAGAACGCAUCAGAUGUUAGAUCAAAAUCUUUGUUGAUGAGCGAUGUGAAAACUGUUUUGGACAAUACUUCUCUGGUUGGCUUCUUUCAUUCACAAGACAACGCUGAAAGUAACCAAAGGAAGUUUUGUUUGAUAAUGGAUGAAGUUGACGGUAUGUCAAGCGGAGAUCAUGGGGGUGUUGGAGCAUUGGCUCAAUUUUGUCGAAUUACUUCAACUCCUAUAAUUCUAAUCUGUAAUGACAAAUCAUUACCUAAGAUGAGACCUUUUGACAGAGUCACAUUGGACUUGCCAUUUAGAAGACCAAGUGCUUCUGAAUUAAAAUCUAGAAUUAUGACCAUUGCGCAUAGAGAAAAACUACAGUUAGAUCCCAAUGUUAUUGAUCAGUUGGUUGAAGCAACGAAAAAUGACAUCCGUCAAAUUAUAAACCUGUUGUCCACGGUUUCCAAGACACAAAAAAUUAUUGGGUUUGAAAACGCUGCGGAGAUUAAGCAAGCAUGGAAAAAGGAGGUUGCAUUGAAACCUUUUGACAUUACCAGUAGGAUUCUAUCCGGAGGAAUCUACGCCCCAAGUUCAAAUUUUUCACUGAAUGACAAAUUGGGGCUUUUCUUCGACGAUAUUGAUUUUUCUCCAUUGAUGGUUCAUGAGAAUUAUAGAAGCACAGUGCCAACAAAGCUGGCAAAUGUUAGCCCUAACGAGGAGAAUUUGAAACACUUAGAAUUACUCUCCCAGGCUGCAGAUUCUAUUUCCGAGGCUGAUCUGGUGAAUAAUUGCAUCAGAGGCGGAGAACAACAGUGGUCCUUACUACCAUUCUUUGGUCUUUUAUCGACAGUUAGAGCCUCAAGCUUUGUAGCAGGUUCGUUGAGAGGAAGGAUCAAUUUCACAUCAUACUUGGGUCAAAAUUCGAAGAAGCUAAAGUACGAUCGAUUAUUACAGGAGCUACAGUAUCAUUCUUCUACGAAGACUUUGACAAACAACAUAGAGUUCAGACUCUCAUACAUGUCACCUUUGAUCACAAAACUUUCCCAUCCUCUGCUUGAAAAGGGCACUGAAGGAAUCGACGACGUACUAUCUACGCUUGAUGCAUAUUGUCUCACGAAAGAAGAUUGGGACACUAUUAUGGACUUUGGAAUUGGAUCCUACUCUAUGGCUCUUAAAUUGAAGAAGAUACCCCCUUCUGUUAAGACGGCUUUUACUAGAAAGUACAAUUCUUACACCCAUCCAACAGUGAUUUAUGCUACUGGAAACUCUGUCUCUUCUACGCGAGUGAAGGUUACCCCAGAUUUAGAGGAUGUUGUUCAGGAUGAUAUGGACGAUGUCGAAGAUGACACACCAACGGAUGAAGGUAAAUCCGAUAUCAAAAAUGACAAGCUCAUUAAGGAAGUCAAGCCAAAGAAGAAAAAAGCGACUUCAAAGGCGAAAUCAACCGCUACCAAGAGAAAAAAUAAUUGA